CUGAGGCAGCAUCAGCAUCCGCGCGGAGAAGAUGUCUCACGUGAAGAAAAGAAAAUUAGACAAAUCCCGCCAGGACAGACUUUACUUUGACAGCUACGCCGAUGUCACCAUCCACGAGGAAAUGAUAGCGGACCACGUGCGGACCAGCACGUACCGGACCGCGAUCCUGAGGAACAGUGAGUCCAUUCGGGGCAAAGUCGUGCUGGACGUCGGUGCAGGAACCGGCGUCCUGAGCGUCUUCUGCGCACAGGCCGGAGCCAAGAGGGUGUUCGCCGUGGAGGCCUGCUCCAUCGCCGAGCAGGCCGCGAGGAUAGUCCGCCACAACAACCUGCAGGACCGCAUAGAGGUGAUCCGGGGCACGGUGGAGACGGUGGACCUGCCGGAGCCGGUGGAGGUGAUAGUGAGCGAGUGGAUGGGGUACGCGCUCCUGCACGAGUCCAUGCUUAACUCGGUCCUGUACGCGCGCGACAGGUGGCUGAAGCCGGGCGGCCUCAUCCUGCCGAGCAGGGCCGAGCUCUACAUCGCACCGGUCAGCGACCCGGCGGUGGAGGACCGCCUGCACUUCUGGUACACCGUCAAAGACCAGUACGGCGUGGACAUGUCCUGCAUGUCCGACUUCGCCCGGAGAUGUAUCAUGAACUCCGACAUCACGGUGAACUCGGUGUCGGUCGAGGACGUGCUGUCGCACCCGGCCCGCUUCGCCGAGCUCGACCUGUACUCGGUGACCGCGGAGGACCUGCGGUCGGUGAAGGGCCAGUUCCGGUGCGAGUCGUUCGGCUCGGCGGCGGUGAACGCUUUCUGUGUUUACUUCACGGUCACUUUCCCCUGCCCGGACAAGCCGCAGGCGCUCGUGCUCUCCACGUCGCCGUUCAAACCGGAGACGCACUGGAAGCAGGCGGUGCUGUACCUGGACGCGCCGGUGGAUGUGGUGCAGGACACGGUGGUUACCGGGGAGGUCAGCAUGUACCCCUCGGAGGAAAGCGCCAGACACAUAUGCAUCCACGUGGACUACACCAUAGGAGAGCACAAGAGACAGUCCAAGACUUUCUCCAUCCCGGACUGGACCUCUGAGGCUCAGCCGUGACCGGACCCCACACCCGUUAACGGCCGGACACUCGAACUCAGACACGUGCAGUUUAAUCCUUCCUGAACCGGCUGAGUCCCGGUUCACAGGGAGCUGCAGCCGUGGCCGGUGUGUUAUUACUGUCAGAUCAGGUUAGGUUCAGAGAGGAAGACGGCUCACACACACACAUACACACACACAGACACACACACACACACACACACAGACACACACACAACACACACACAACACACACACACACAGACACACACAGACACACAGACACACACACACACAUACACGCACACACAGACACACACACACACAGGAAAGGCCUCAGCUGCAAACUACACACACACAGUAACAUGUCGGCCUGCGUGUGUGUUCUCAGCUUGGACUUCAGCGUGUUGUGUUUCAGGUUGUUAAUAAAACAGUGUGAAUCCUGAGCACCUUGUAAACGUUGUGUUAACCUCACUCAGAUGAGUGUGUGUUUGUGUUCCGUGUCAGGACCUCUCUGUGUUCCCGUCACUGUGGGAUCAGGGUAACGUUCCUGAGCGUGGGAACCGGUGGAACGGCUCGAGCGAGGCAGGUUUCAUCCGAGGUUUGACAAAGCUGCUGAAUAAAUUCAGCGCCACGCCACAGACAUCUGAUAUUCUAAUGAAUUCAAUUAUGCAUAUUGUGUGGAUUCUGAUCAAAAUGCUGCAUUCAGAUGAGGAUUAGACGAUAUAUUGACUUGGACCUGCUGUAGUCAGGCUUUGACUCUGGCUGCUGUUGAGCUUCUUUUUAAUGAAGGGCCAAAUUGGCUCCGUGUGUUGGUUUAAAAGCAGAACACGCCGUCGUCUGUUGACAGAAACCACAGACUCCAUGAAAACGUAGCGUCCUCCGUCAGCGUUCUGCAGCGUGGCACAGGUCACACUGUUCACAGCUGCUUCCUGCUCAGCUGCGUGGACGCUGCCCGGCUUCCAGCUGAACAGUCGUGGUGUAGUUUGUAGAUUUUUAAUAGUUUAAUAAUGAAUAACUGAUGUGUGUGUUGUGAAAAUGGCGCCUGCUCCCUGAUCAUGGGUGAUCCACAGAGAGCUGAUGUUACGGGGCAGAGGUCAGUGAGAGUUCAAAGGUCGUGAACCUGUAAACACUGGGACCUGAGCCGCUGAAGGAAUCAGUGUUUCCACGUUCGUGCAGUGAUU